UGCUUCCGUUCUACGUUUUACUCGAGCACCAAAGAAAUAGUCCAUCGUGAACUAACACAGAGAGGGACUUCUUACCAGCUCGUUUUCCGGCGGCCUCAAUUCACCGCUGAAUAGCUCAAGAUUUCUUCUUUUCAACAAGGGGGCUACUUUUUUUCCAGAUCUUUCAGCUUCGGAGAUCAAUGUCGUAGCUUAUUGCUGGCCAUCGCAAGCCAUGGUGAGCGCUCGAUUGGGGCGGAGCAUAAAGCGACCGCCUUUGGGCUUCGGCGUUAAAGUUUCGCUGGUGUUCUUAUUGGGUCUUGCUUUUGUUGUUAUCUGGUGGGCAUUCUCCUCCCCUUCGGCCUCCGUCGUGUCCUUGGAAAGGAACAGCUUCGGGGAAAUCGAAGCGCCGCCCGCCACCACGGCCGCGAAGAAAAAGCACAAGGAGACCCAGAAGAAGACCCACCGGAAUAAGACUCCAAUUCCGCCGCAUAAAGAUGAUAAUUUGAAGAAAAGUGAAGAUAGAUCCAGAAAAGAGAAAAAUAAGGAGAGGGAGAAAGUAGGAGGAGAGAUCGAGCAGGCGGUGGUGGCUAAGAAUGAGACGAGCGAGCUAGUAGAGGAGGCGGAGGAUGAUGAGAAGGUCGAGUUGGAGGGACUAGAAGAAGUGGCGGAUAACGAGAAUAUGACGGAUGAAGACAUGCAAGAUGAUGGCGAUGAGAAUACGGAGGGCGUCGGCGGGGGUGAUGAAGCCAGUAAUAGCAAGGCUAAGAAGAAGAAAAAGUUGGGCCCUUUAUUUGAUCCAAAAGUGCGAUAUACAUGGAAGCUUUGCGGCCAAAAGACUGGGCAAAACUAUAUCCCCUGUGUGGAUAUGGAAGGUGGGCACCGACACCAUAAGAGGAGUUGCCCUCGAACUCCAUUAAUGUGUUUGGUUUCUCUUCCAAAGGAUUACAGGUCUCCAGAGCCAUGGCCUGGGAGAGAUUCGAAGAUUUGGUUCAGCAAUCUGGAACACCCAAAGCUAUCCGCAUUCAUCAAAACUCAAAACUGGUUGAAUCUCUCCGGUGACUAUCUGUUAAUCCCUCCAAAGGCAUCUGAGUUCAAGGGUGGUGCUGAACAGUAUGUUAGUUCGAUUGAAGAGAUGGUUCCAGACAUAGAAUGGGGUAAGAAUAUCCGUGUAAUCUUGGACAUUGGAUGUACUGGUGGGGGUUUUGGAGUUGCUCUUCUGGAAAAGAAUGUGAUAACAUUAUCUUUCGGGUUGAUGGGUGAUCAGACAGAUCUAGCUCAACUCACCCUUGAGAGGGGUAUCCCUGCAGUGCUAGGGAAUUUGGCAUCAAGAAGACUUCCUUUUCCAAGUAGUGUUUUUGAUGCAAUUCAUUGUGGUGAAUGUGGCAUACCUUGGCACUCAAGUGGUGGUAAGCUUCUUCUGGAAAUGAACAGAAUUCUACGCCCUGGAGGAUACUUCAUUACAUCAACCAAAAAUGGAGACAUUGAUUCUGAAGAAGGCAUGUCGACAUUGAUUGCCUCAAUUUGUUGGAGUAAUCUCGGCCACAAAACUGAUGAAGAUAGUGAAACAAACAUCAGAGUAUACCAGAGGCCGACUUCAAAUGAUGUAUACGAGCUAAGAGCAACAAAAAAACCAUCCUUUUGCCAGGAAAAUGAAAAUCAAGAUGCUGCAUGGUACACUCCUAUAAAACCAUGUCUCCACAAGGUUGCAGCAGCUAUUGAAGAACGAGGCACUGACUGGCCCGAGGAGUGGCCGAAGAGGCUUGACACUUUUCCAGAAUGGCUAGCUGAUUCACAUGAUAAGUUGACUGCAGAUCAUAAACAUUGGAAGGCUGUAGUUGACAAAUCAUACCUUGGCGGAUUGGGGAUUGAUUGGUCAACCAUCAGAAAUGUGAUGGACAUGAAAUCAAUAUAUGGAGGAUUUGCAGCUGCUCUAGCAUCUCAGAAAGUCUGGGUGAUGAAUGUAGUCCCUGUUCAUGCUCCAAAUACUCUUCCUAUUAUUUUCGAGCGUGGGCUUCUCGGUAUCUAUCACGAUUGGUGUGAACCGUUUAGCACAUAUCCAAGGUCCUAUGAUCUUUUGCAUGCUGAUCAUCUAUUCUCGCGUCUCAAGAACAGGUGCAAGCAGCCAGUAGUUAUCGUCGUCGAGAUGGAUCGGAUACUAAGGCCAGGUGGUUGGGUCAUCAUCCGCGAUAAGUUGGAGAUCUUGGACCCCUUGGAGGCAAUCUUGAGGUCACUCUACUGGGACAUCAGAACGACAUACGGCAAAGACAAGGAAGGCCUGAUCUGUGCACAGAAGACAACAUGGAGACCAUAAAGCUCAUGUACUAUAUAGAAACUUGUGAUUCUUGGGUCAUUCAUUUCCCCAAGUUGUUUGAAUGUCUCCUCAUUGUGGCAUAUUUCGGUUCUUUCUAAACCAAAAUGUCCAUGGUCAAUGCUUA